CAAGUGUAGCAUCAAGGAAGGAGCUUUGGGAGUAGUAGCGACUUUUUAGGAGUUUUCCCAAGAGUGAUUCAGGAUUUGCAAGUAAUCUCCAGGCCUGUUUUGCAAGCAGAGCUUGGUUAAAAGUUUCGAAGGAGCGGAAACCCAUACGUCCUUCACCCUUUCUUUGACACAAUAGAUUCCAUAAUCUCCAAUGGAUUUUUGAGCCAUUUUCAUUCAAACCCCACCAAAAAUUUGACAUCAUGGACUCAAGUUGGUUGCAAAAAUAAGUUGGCAGCCGAAAGCAACUCAUUGAGUAAGUAGGCACGGAUUGAACCACAACUUUGAGCAAAACUUCUCAGCCUCUAGCGGAAAUUUUUUUAUCACUCCAAGCAUUUAUGAGCUUCCAAAUCUUUGCUUUGAUAUCACUAAAGAGUUGUUUCUUAUCCCUGUCCGAGUAUGGAGGGAGCCCCAAAUACUUCUCAUGGCACUAGCAGAUGGGUAGGGAGAGUUGUCUAUGGAAGAACAUUUGGGCAGCAAGUGUUGUAUUUGGCGAAAAGGACAUGACUGACUUAAUAGGGUUGAGUACUUGACCUUAGGCACGGUGAUAAACAUCUGUCACUCUUUUUAUUGCUAGACAGGAACGUUCGUUAGCUUGGAAAAACAUGAGGCAGUCAUCGGCAAAAAGUAAGUGUGAAAUCGGGAUAGCAGGUCGUGUGAGUUUGAAGCCAUUAAGAUUACCCAAAGCUUCUUCAUGUUGUACUAGACGAGAUAAUCCCUUAGAGCAGAUUGGAAACAAUUAUGGAGACAAAGGACACCCUUGGCGCAGACCCCGUGAGGGAACUAAAGAACCUAUGGCCUCACCGUUGAUUAGGAAGGUAAAGCUAUUUGUUGUCAAGCAUCCCAUAAUAAGCUUAAUUAAUCCACUGCUCCGCAAAACCCAUUUUUCUCAUGACUUCGUGGAGGAAAUGCCAUUCAACACGAUCGAAAGCCUUACUCAUAUCAAGCUUUAAAGAUGCAACGCCAUUUGUUCCCGCAGUUUUAUUCUUGAUAGGAUGAACUAAUUCAAAAGCAAGUAGGACAUUAUCCGUAAUCAAGCUUUCAAAGUUUUUAAUUUUUUUUAAAAAAAUUAUUAUUUAAAUUGUUUUAAUUUUUAAAUAAGUUAUUUUAAAUUUUAAAUUGAAAAUAUAAUUUGGACCAAUGAUUUGUCAACACAUCUCAUUUUUAAUUAGUAAACAGAUCUGUUAAAAAAGAGGAUUAGCAGACUUACGAAAAUAAUGAGCUUGGAGACUAUUACUGCUAAUUUUUGAGAUUGGACUUAUCUACAUCAAAUUAAAGUUUUUGAAGACUUAUGUCGUAAAUUUUUCUUAUUUUAUGCUAAUAAAAUGCAAACUCAGAAAGUGAAAAAGAAGAGCUAAAGUAAAAUUGAAAGGAAAAAAAAGAGAAAGGAAAGUGUGAAUAAAAUAAAAUAAAAACCAUAUUUAUUGUUGUAAAAACAUGAUAGUGGUGUAAAUGUUAAAGCAUCAAAAUAUACCAAAAAAAAAAAAAACAAUAUAAAUUUUAAAGAACAAGAAAUAAUAAUAAUAAUAAUUUGAUAAAUUAGCCGUUCUUGACAUAUAAUUAUGGAUGUUAUGUAGUAAAUUUGGGCAUAUGCAAUGCAUGAUAUUUAUAUUCUUCAUUAUAUUAUAUUAAAGUUCUUAUUUUUUAACUUUUAAACGUCAAUUUGUUAAUAUGUACAUUCAAAAGUCAUAUAUGUAUGAAUGGUUAAAAAAAUAUACUAUACUAUAAGAAUAAAAUUAAGGUGCUUGUCAUAAAAUUAUUCUAUAAAUAUAUAUCAUGGUUUUAAUAUUAAAUUGAAAAAGGCAAAGAUAAUUUAACGAUAAAUUUUUAUUUUAAAUGUAUGCUGAAGUUGAAACUAAAAUAAUUUUGCUUUAUAUUUGUUAGGAAAAGUCUACAAAUUUAUAAAUGAUAUGGUAUUGGUGUUACUGGUUUUCAGACUAUCAGGUACUGAAAUUAUACAUUUAGCAAUUAGGUUUUCAAAUUUUAUUAUUUAUUAGUGAUUAAAUUACUUUUUUAUUAACUUAAGUUACACAUAGAUAUUAAAAAAAUGUGCUACAUCUGUAUUUGAAUUUGUUUUCAAGAAAAUUGUGUCUAGAAAACAAUGGUGCAAAAGCGUUGCACCUCAUUGCAAAUAUUUUGAUUCGAAAAUUGAGUCAAAUUUUGGCUUACUGAAUUGGACCCACUCAACACCAAGUUCUUUUAUGAAAGAAAGAGUAAUUUGGGGAGUAAGUAAAUACUAAAUUGAAUAAUAGUUAUAUUAUAUUUUUAAAAUUUCUCUAAAUUCUAACAUUUAAGUGUUAAAUUAUUAUUUAUAUGUUAUUUUUAUUGAUAUAUUUAAAUUAAAUUUUAAAUAAAAAAUAAAAAAAUAAUUAUCUAAAUUGUCACAUAACUAUUGUUUUUUAAAAAAUUAAAUUUAAAUAUUCUAAAUAAAAAAGUAAUUAUUUGUUAAAAAACAGGAUUAUUAUGAAACUAAUAGCUGGAGAAUUUUUAAUCCACUUUUUACUUGGUGAAAAAAUAGUAAUAUUAGAAAAUAUAGAAAAAACCGUAAAAUACAUAAAAUAUUCAAACUUUUUUUUUUUCUUUUUGAGAUAAUAAAAUAUUCAAAUUUUAUCUAAAGGUGUUUCAUACAAUAAAGAAUGUAAUUUUAUCUAAACCGUGACUCAUAUAAUUGAGGAAAAGCUUUGAACCAAUCAGAAUUUGCCAACAUCAAAUUCUUCGAAACAUGGAUUGAGUGAGAGGAAAAGGAAAAUGUUGAACGCAUGAACAGAAAAGGGAAAAGGGGAGAGAGAGUUCAUAAUAAAAACGUGAGCACGGUCGUAUUGUAUCAUUUUCGCUAUGUCGUUUGGAAUUUAGUAAGUUAAGGAGUUGGUACUACGAAAACAAAGAAGCUUAUCCACUAGUACAAAUACCAUUAUAAAAGCAACUCUCUUUUACAGGAAAACGAAAACAAAUUCUCAAAAAAAAAAAAAUAAAUAAAAAACUUCCAUUUCUGAAUUCUCUGCUUUUCAGAAAAAAAAAAAAAAUGAGUUCAAGGAACUACAUCUACCCAACUUCGAUGAUCAAUACCACCACCGUCAAUACAACAGUCUCUGAUUCUCUGUUCGAAUUCGACGAAUCCGAAAUAUGGAAUUCGAGUCCAGUCCUCAACCAAAGUCCGCCUUUGGAAUCGUCGGCUGUGGCAGUGGCGACGAAGAAAUGGAUUCCGAUCUCGAGAGAACCGAAGAAAAUUGGGAUGAUGAGAAAGAUGAGCAUGGCCAAAACGACGGCGUCUUCUUCUGUUCCGGUCAACGUACCAGACUGGUCAAAGAUUCUGAAGGAUGAUUACAAAGACCACAGUAAAGUCAGAGAUUUCGAUUUUGACGACGAAGGAGAAAACGAGGGUGAGGAUCACGCCGUGGCCGGGGGUGGUUUUGAUGGUGGCGAUUGGAUUCCACCGCAUGAGUACCUGGCAAGGACGAGAGGAGCUUCGCUUUCGGUCCACGAAGGCGUGGGUAGGACCCUCAAAGGAAGAGACCUGUGGCGCGUGAGAAACGCCAUUUGGAAAAAAGUCGGUUUUGAGGAUUAAUUAUUAUUUUAUUUUUCUUUAAUUAACAGAGAUUUUUAAAAUGGGAGAUGGAAAUUUUGGUAGGUGAAGAUAGUAUUAGUAGGAGAAUUUGUUAUAAUUAGUCUCUGUUAUAUUAAAUAUUAGAGCACUAAUUUUAUUUUUUAUUAUGUAUUUUGGGUGUCUGAGUUUUAAGGAAGGACCUCUUUUUUAAUUUUCUAUCUUUAUGUAUUUGUAAUUAUUUUAAUUUGUAACUUGAAAAAUCAUGGGAUUUUGAAUGUGUAAUAUUUGCAAAAACACGCUUAAGAAAAUGGAAAAUGGAAAAAUAUGUUAUUUUGA